GAGACAAUGGAGCUGUGGAGGCAGCUGAGUCAGGCUGGACUGGUGCCUCCGGAGCUGGGCCCACCCCCCCGGGCCCUGAGGGAGGUCUCCCCAGUGGAAAUCCCUGGCCAGACCCUCACGACUGCAGGGGCAGACGCUGGAGGUGCCUGGGAUAGUCUGCUGUGGAUCUGUGAGGAGCUGGGGAACCUUCGCCAAAUGGAUGUCCAGCUGCUGGGACAGCUGUGCCGCCUGGGACUGGAGAUGGGGGCGCUGCGGGAGGAACUGGUCACCAUGUUGGACGAGGAGGAGGAGGAGAGCGGCGAGGAAGAGGAAGAGGAUGAAGAGCCCCAGAGGAAGCAGGAGGAGGAGCACCUGGAGGCCUGCCCCGCCCCACAGCUGCCUGACUUUGAGAUCACGAUCUGAGGCUCUGCCAGUGCAUUUAGGGUGACAUACAGAUGAGAUGCAAAUAUAUGCAGAGGGAAGGGGUGAGUUGCAGGUCAAAUCAGAUGCGGAAUCAAGUUUACUCCUUUGAGAAGUGCUUUCUCCGAGGGUGCCUGCAGUGAGAUUUAGGCAUCGGCCUGUGAGCUGUGGGUGUGUUUGCAGGUGAUGUGGGAGGUUGUGGAGAAGUUGCAGGUGCUUUUGCAGAUGAGCCUCAGGUGUGCAGCGGAGAUGGCGGCCUCUGCAGAUAUGAUGGACGUGCAUAUAGAUGCGAUUUCAGAUCAGCGCCGCCCAGGAUGGCAGCCACCAGACACACAUGGUUAUUUAGCACUUGAAACAUGGAGACUCCAAAUUGAGGUGUGCUGUGAGUAUAAAGUACACACCAAAUAUUAAAGGCUUAGCAUGAUGAAAAGAACAUAAGACAUCUCAAUAAGUUUUAGAUUACUUGUUGAAAUAAUAUUUUGAGCAUAUCGGUAUUAAUAAAAAUAUUAUUAAAAUUA